UGACGCAGCCCUGUCGCCGCCAUGGAGGCGCUGGGACCCGGACCUCCAGCCAGCCUCUUCCAGCCACCUCGUCGUCCUGGCCUUGGAACUGUUGGGAAGCCAAUUCGACUGUUAGCCAAUCAUUUUCAGGUUCAGAUCCCUAAAAUAGAUGUGUAUCACUAUGAUGUGGAUAUUAAACUAGAAAAACGGCCUCCAACAGGGACUAUGGUGCGACACUUCAAGAUGCAGAUAUUUGGGGAUUGGCAGCCCGGCUAUGAAGGCAAAAGAAACAUGUACACAGCACAUCCACUGCCAAUUGGACGGGACAGGGUUGACAUGGAGGUGACCCUUCCAGGUGAGGGCAAAGACCAAACUUUCAAAGUGUCUGUGUAGUGGGUGUCAGUUGUGAGCCUUCAGUUGCUUUUGGAGGCUUUAGCUGGGCACCUGAAUGAAGUCCCUGACGACUCAGUACAAGCACUUGACGUUAUUACAAGGCAUCUCCCCUCUAUGAGAUACACUCCUGUGGGCCGUUCUUUGUUCUCACCUCCUGAAGGUUAUUACCACCCUCUGGGAGGUGGCAGAGAGGUCUGGUUCGGCUUUCACCAGUCUGUGAGACCUGCCAUGUGGAAUAUGAUGCUCAAUAUUGAUGUAUCUGCAACUGCUUUCUACUGGGCCCAGCCUAUCAUUGAGUUCAUGUGUGAGGUUUUAGAUAUUCAGAACAUCAAUGAACAAAGGAAACCUCUAACGGACUCCCAGUGUGUCAAGUUUACCAAAGAAAUUAGAGCUUUGAAAUCUUUGUUAUCUGCAGUAGGUCUCAAAGUUGAGGUGACUCACUGUGGACAGAUGAAACGAAAAUAUCGAGUUUGUAAUGUGACAAGACGACCAGCCAGUCAUCAAACCUUUCCUUUGCAGCUAGAAAACGGUCAGGCUCUGGAAUGUACAGUAGCUCAGUAUUUUAAGCAGAAGUAUAGUCUGCAGCUGAAGUACCCCCAUCUGCCCUGCCUUCAGGUGGGACAAGAACAGAUGCAUACAUACUUGCCACUUGAGGUCUGUAAUAUAGUGGCAGGACAGAGAUGUAUAAAGAAGCUCACAGACAAUCAGACAUCCACCACAAUGAUCAAAGCCACAGCAAGAUCUGCUCCUGACAGACAGGAGGAAAUCAGUAGACUGGUAAAGAGCAACAGCAUGGUGGGUGGGCCUGACCCAUACCUGAAGGAGAUGAUUGUUGUCCACAAUGAGAUGACGGAGCUCACAGGCAGGGUCCUCCCAGCUCCCAUGCUGCAGUACGGAGGCCGGAAUAAAACAGUAGUCACACCCAACCAGGGUGUCUGGGACAUGCGAGGAAAGCAGCUUUAUGCUGGCAUUGAGAUUCAAGUUUGGGCAGUGGCUUGUUUUGCGCCUCAGAAACAAUGUAGGGAAGAUUUGCUAAAGAGUUUCACUGACCAGCUUCGUAAAAUCUCCAAGGAUGCGGGGAUGCCCAUCCAGGGUCAGCCAUGCUUCUGCAAGUACGCACAAGGUGCCGACAGUGUGGAGCCCAUGUUUAAACAUGUGAAAAUGACAUAUGUGGGCCUGCAGCUGAUAGUGGUUAUCCUGCCGGGAAAGACACCAGUAUAUGCGGAGGUGAAGCGUGUUGGAGAUACCCUUUUAGGUAUGGCCACACAGUGUGUCCAGGUCAAAAACGUUGUGAAGACCUCACCCCAAACCCUUUCCAACCUUUGCCUGAAGAUAAACGCAAAGCUUGGAGGAAUUAACAAUGUACUUGUACCUCACCAAAGGCCUUCAGUGUUCCAGCAGCCUGUCAUUUUCCUGGGAGCAGAUGUCACUCACCCGCCUGCUGGGGACGGGAAGAAACCUUCUAUCGCAGCUGUGGUGGGCAGCAUGGACGGCCACCCCAGCCGGUAUUGUGCCACAGUUCGGGUGCAGACGUCUCGGCAGGAGAUUGCUCAGGAGCUCCUCUACAGUCAGGAGAUUGUGCAGGAUCUGACAAGCAUGUCUCGGGAGCUACUGAUUCAGUUCUACAAGUCCACGCGCUUCAAGCCCACUCGUAUCAUCUACUACCGUGGAGGGGUGUCCGAGGGACAGAUGAAACAGGUAGCUUGGCCGGAGCUAUUAGCAAUUCGAAAGGCCUGUAUAAGCUUGGAGGAAGACUAUCGGCCUGGAAUAACCUACAUUGUAGUGCAAAAGAGACAUCACACUCGACUCUUCUGUGCAGAUAAAACAGAAAGGGUGGGGAAAAGUGGCAAUGUCCCAGCAGGCACUACGGUGGACAGUACCAUCACACAUCCGUCUGAGUUUGACUUUUACCUCUGUAGUCAUGCAGGAAUUCAGGGAACCAGCCGCCCUUCACAUUACCAGGUCUUGUGGGAUGACAACUGCUUCACUGCAGAUGAACUCCAGCUGCUGACUUACCAGCUUUGUCACACCUACGGAAGGUGCACGCGCUCGGUCUCCAUUCCUGCCCCUGCAUAUUAUGCCCGGCUGGUAGCAUUUCGGCCAAGGUAUCAUUUGGUGGAUAAAGAUCAUGACAGUGCGGAAGGCAGUCAUGUGUCAGGCCGGGACCCUCAGGCCUUGGCUAAGGCUGUGCAGAUCCACCACGAUACCCAGCACACUAUGUAUUUUGCCUGAGAGUCUUGGAAAAGAACUCAACCAAUUUGGCAUCCCACACAUCCUCAAAUGUUUCAGAUGCCUACUGCCUCUAGAUAGUGCCACAUUGAUCUCAAGUGGUCCCUACCAGCAGCUCGGAAUAGAUAGUUGCACUGAAUCUGUACUUUGCAGCCCUGUCUGAUACAUCAACAAAACUGAGCCAUUUAAAAAAAAAGAAGAAAAGAAAAGAAAAAAAAAGGAAUGGAAACUCAUAGAUUAUGUUUUCUGAUGCACUGGACAAUUUUUACCUCAACGUGCAAAGGCUGAUCAGCCUUUACUUUCUAAAGGACUUACUUUCCAAGGAGGGUUUCUAUGGGAUAUUUUGCUAGCUGUGGUAUUCACCGCAUCUAGUCUUAUAAGAGGAGUAUUUCCUUUUUCCUGUGUUCAUUGAGUGGGGUGUAUGCAUAAGUGGGAGAGAAAAACCAAACGACCUGUUUCAUUUCCACGCCACUUUUUAACUAGGUGGGUUUUUAAUGGAGAUUUCUGACUUCAGCACUGUAAAUGCCUUUAAGGAGCACUUAAUUUUUGAAAGUUUUACAGAAUUUUAUUACUUCCACUGCUUUAUCUUACUGAUCUCUUCGGGCCUGUGCUGUGCAGAACAGGCUGCCUGACAAUUGCACUAUAUUUGGCUGCAGAUUCGAACAGGCAGUUCUCUUACUUGGCUGGCAUUGGUGACUGUGACAUGAGCAGGUGUGAUGCAUGUCGCAGGGACACCUGACACUGCCAUGGUAAAAAGUAAAAGCUCUCCUCCCUAUUUGGAAAAAAAAUUAGCUUUUAGUAUUUUCCCAAGUUUUUGAAAGUGCCCAUUUUAUGCUGCUAUGUGGUUGGUUAGCUCUAAAUGAUUUUUAGACUUCUCUCAUAGAAAGUUAACUUUGGCAAUAAGUGUUUUUAAGGCCCCCCCUCCCCUCUCUCCCCGACGAGGUAGUUUUCUAGAUGAAAUUUUAGUAUGAUUUUAUCAACUAUUUCUUAAUAUAUCAUAACCUGAAUAUUCUGAAACACAUAUAUUUCCAUGCCCUUUAAAAUAAAAAAAAAUUACACUCACAAUGUCCAGUCUAUUUGCAUUUGGCAA